CGGCGGCGGUGGUGGUGGUGCGGGGCGGCCGCGACCGCGGCCAUGAGCUGCUCGGACGUGGCCAUGCAGCAGCCCGGCCCAGCGGCGUGCGGGGCACCCCGCUAUGUGACCGGCACCGCGGCCGCACCCGCGACGGGCUGCCCGCAGAAGAAGUUAGCUGUAUACAACAAGAUGCAGGAGUCUCUGGAAGUGACCCAUCCCAGCAAGCAAGAGGAAGAGGAGAAAGACCAGCCUGCUGAGAUGGAGUACCUUAACUCUCGCUGCGUCCUUUUCACCUAUUUCCAGGGAGACAUUGGUUCAGUGGUGGAUGAACACUUCUCAAGAGCUCUGAGCCAAGCCAGUAGCUUCAAUCCAGAAACUGCCCUUACCAAGAGCAAAGCAGCGCUAAGUCCACUGUGGAGAGAAAACUCAACAAUUUCAAGCCAAAGGAGCAGUUUCCCAACUUCGUUUUGGACCAGCUCAUAUCAGCCUCCCCCUCCACCAUGCUUAAGUGGAGUACACCCUGAUUUCCCCGUUACUGCACCAGGCACCUUCCCAACACCAGAUCCCGGCAGCUGGCCAGGACACAGCCUUCAUCAGACUGCCCCACCUCCUCCCCCUGCUGCAUCUGAAUCCUGGCAUUAUCCUUUAGCAUCUCAGGUGAGCCCUUCAUAUGCACACAUGCAUGACAUGUACAUGCAUCGCCAUCACCCUCAUCCACACAUGCACCAUCACCAUCCCAGCUCGCACCGUGACCCCCGGUACAGCUCCCUGCUGAUGCCUUCAGUCCGCGCAGCCAGGAUUCCUGCACCCCAGUGUGACGUGACAAAGACAGAUCCUGCUGCUGUCACCAGCGCUACCUCAGCAUGGGCUGGAGCCUUUCAUGGAACAGUGGACAUUGUGCCAAGUUUUGGGUUUGACGCAGGUCUACAGCAUCAGGACAAGAGCAAGGAAACUUCUUGGUUCUGAUGUUCAGAUGAAUUUAAGACCAGCUAGAGCUGGAGACAGCGCAGCUGGGCAGGCAAUACACCAGUCAUUGACUCUUUCUGCAUGGGGCAAAGGACACACAUGAAGAGCCAACCACUCUGGUUUUGCUAUUGAGCCUUCUGUUUGUAAGGCCAUUUAUGGGUCCCACGAUGUUGGAAAAAAUCCCCCAAGAACAUAACUUUUCUUUCUUUCCUCAUCUGAGCCUGCUGCAACUGGGCAACCUAACUCCUUUCUGCUCCUUUAACAGUGUUUUGUUUUGUUCAGCUUGAUAUUUUUAUGAACAGUCUUGAUUGUCAGGAAAAAGACUCUCCCUUGACUACAGUGCGCCUCCUUUCAGGAAUACAGUAUUUUGUAGCUCUUUGUGCAUCUAUUUUUGUAGAAAUACAGAAAGUUUGGGUAAGGAUUGAUGGGCUAUUUUAGGAUGACAUAUUUUUUUAAUAAAAAUUGUAAAAUUGUUAAGUUCUGUUUAAAGAACUUGCUCUCAGAGAAGCACUGGCAAAAAAAUGUAUAAAAUGCUAUUUUUAGAUGUAUGUGAUGUGUUUGUGCAUUUUGGUUUUUUGUUUGUUACCUCAAAUGUCUAUCUGUCCUUUCUUUUUAAAGAGCUAAACCUUCCUUGUUUCCUCAUUACUAGAUUUUGAUGUUUUUGUCCUUUUGUUCUAGCAUAAGCAAGUGUAAUUCACACCUAAAGUUUCAGCCAAAUAUUUUUCCUGGUGUUAGAUUGUAGUAAGGGUGUGUUUAUUUUCUUGCUUAUAAAGGUGGUUUUCUGCUGUGCUGAUUGUCAUAAACUUGCAAACACCUUUAGCAUGGAGCAAAACUUGGGAUUACAAGAACUACAUGUCCAGCCCAUCCAUUCUUUCAAAAUGGACCAAACAUUCUGACAGAUUUAGAUCAGACAUGAGGUUGGGCCUCAUCUAUCAUCCAUUGAAGCUAUUGUAAAAAAUCUCAUAUGGGUUAUGUUUCAGGCCCUCAUAGUGGUCAUAAAUAUCAGUAUACUUUUAUUUUAACUUGUGAGGCAGGACUUUCAGCUAAGUAAUUUCAAGGGUGGUAACUCAUAACAUCAAUAUUCAGGAAAGAAAUGUCAGUUUUAUAAAAAUGUGUGACGUGAAAAUGUGUGACAGUUGAAAAUGUUUUCAACUGGCCUGAUCUGUCUGCUGAGCACCUCGAGAAAAGUGCUGAAAUUUUUGACUCCUGUUGACUUCAAAAUCUGCUUGUCUAACGUAAGAUUUGCUGUGGGCUUUAUGAGACUCCAACUGUGGCUCUUGAGUUUUAUAAGAAGUUGCACGUGCUUAGCGAGCACAAAUUCGGGCUUGGUUGCUGUCUGGAUAAGAAUCUGAACUUGGAAACGACACGGCCACAUCUAGCCACAGUGCUCUCUGUAAGGUGUUUGAGAAACCCUAUUUCUGUCCCAGGCCUUGGGUAUUAAGGACUUUAGUUGAAGCCAAGGUGAGCACAACUCAGUCUUGAAUAAGGGCUGUAAGAUUAUCCUUGCCAGCCCCAGUCCUGUGACGGGCUGGAUCUGGGUCAGCCUCCAUGCCCAGCUUUCUGUGACUCCAGUGUCAGCACAUGCUUAGGUGGGACUGAGCACAGGAUCAGGGCCGGAGUUGCUGAUCCUAGCUAUUACUUGGAGAUGUUGCCUUUCUGCUCUCUGUACCCAGGAUCCCUCUCUAGUAUUUUCUAAGGCUCUUAUAACCUAUUGUAUUCCUGUUACCACUGUUUCAGACAUAUCUCUCUGAAAGACAGACCGGCUAAAUGGAAACCAAGUCGCAAACACAUGGUGGCUGAGAUACGAAACAGUUCAAGGCAACGAGCUUUGUAAUGUAGGUUUGUCAGGUGGACACCACAUGGAUCUGCGUGUGAAAGGGGAGGGAGAGUGUUGCGAUGUGCAUGCCACUGCAAGGUUCAGGCCUCCCUGCCUGUGCUGUUGCUUCUCACCAGGCUUUUUGAACUUGAACCUAUGAGGUGUUAAAUAGUCUGGCACUGACACACUGGCACUGGAGGCUUUAGGAUUAUGCCACAAUUGCACAGGACCCUUAAAUGCAUACCUUGCUGAUUUGAAGUUUGAUACAUCAUAGAAGGGAAAAUGGACUUUGCUUUAGUAUUGCUUCAAAAUAGCGGGGUUAUAAUUUCUAUGUUGUGAUGCUGAAUUACAUGUGGGGAGGAGAGUUCCUCAUCUUUCUAGUCCGUCGGCAUUUCUUUCUCUUAAUAAAUUUCACUCUCAUGAUAGUUCUAUAUAUUAUUGCUGCUCUGGUGGAGCCAGCUCCUCAAUUAGUCAAUAAACUCAUAAUGGAAUGGGAAAACUGUAUGGGAAGAAACAGAGUAAUAGCUUCCAUGGUUCAUUUUCUUACCGGUACAGUACAGUCUGGAAAUAUCUCAAGAAUAAGGAUUCUGAUUUAGGAAUUCUGACAGUAUUAGAAAUAGUGUGAGGAAAAAAAAUACAAGCUUUUAGUGAUUUUUAAUUUUUUUUUCCUUAAUUUGGCAAAGCUGGAAGGCAAAGAGGCAAUGUAUCCCCUUUCAACUUCAGGGCUGGAGAGUUUGAGUGGCAGUGAAAGCAAAAAGAGACAAUAUUUCCUUUUCAGGUGUAGUAUGUGUUACUUCUUGAAAUAGUCUAGCAAGAGAAGUCAGUUCAUUGCCUUCCUCUUUGCAAGUUCAGAUGAUAAGGGACCUCCUCCUGUUCCCUACUAAUGUCAAAGCAGAAUGGGACAGGAAAAAACAGGCCCCCAGUUUGCACUGGAAUUCCUUUCUGUUUGUUUCAUUGAGUUGAUAAGUAGGGGGAUGAAUAUGUGGUGAAGCUAUUGCCUCUUCCACCUUAAGGACUACUGGUAUGUGCCCAUUUUCCACUGCUGAACCUGUGAGUGUGGUGAAGGAACUUUUGUUACUCUGCAGGCUCUGGAAGACAAGUGCCAAUAAAAACCUACUAUCAUCUAUAGUUAUUCAUCUACCAAUCAAUCAACUUUGAAAGUCAAAUACUUCUAUUUUUUUCCUUAGUCACUAACUAUCCCCUGUACUAACAAGCAACUUGAAAGGAAGAGCAUAAAUGCACAGCAGUAGCCCCGCUUCUAUGUUCUACAAUUUGAAAGGUGGGAAAGAAAUAACCCUUCCCCAUGACAAACUUUUAAGUUAAAUUAAGCAGAGUUACUUCAUUCUCUCUCACUCUCUCUGACACGCACACUUAUACACACGCACAAAUGUGCUUAUGAGAAGCAGAUGCUGGGAUGGUUUUGUUCUUGAAAGAAGAGAGGAGCGCUUGCACACAGUGUUGCAGUUAUGGAGAACUGAUGGCAGUGAAAAGUAACAGAAAUGUUGACUGCUCAUGUUUCCACAGAUUAGUAAAAAAAGGCCCUUAAUCAGGUCACAGAAAAGUUACGUGUCUUAAUGUAUUACUUAAAGAGUUGUUUCAUUCCUUUUGUGUGUGGUGAAUUCUGAUGCUGUCCCAAGAAAGUGGUUGAUUCAUUUUGCAAGGACUUAUAAAACAAUAUGUACUCUGCCACUAUUUCUGGGAGAACAUCAGGAAAUUAUUGUUUUAUUUCAAGAAAAUCUACAUACUAAACUCUUUAAACCUGACCAGGAUUUUAUUUUAUUCCUAUUCGUAUUGAGACGUUUGCUGUCAUUUUUUGUGUCUUCAUUUGAAGACUAGGAGGGUCCAAGCUGUCCACCGGUGUUUGAAAAGCAGAUACCAGUUUGUUUCAACUGGGCAUUUCCAAUCCCAAUAAGAUGAGGGAGUAGUGUAACUGCUGACCACCCAGUAGUUUUGAUUUCUGGAGUGCUGAAUAAGCUAUGCUUGGCAACAGGAAAAUGCACUUUGUUCUGAUUCCUCUCUGCACCAGCCACACAAAUUCAGUUAUCGGUCUAUCUGAUACCUCUGUCAUCAUGUGAAGAUCUUCAGUAAAUGACAGUUUUCUCUCAGUCAUCUACUUCUGCCUCAGAACAUGCUUUUGAGGAUGAAUCAUCAGAGCUUUUAGAGAGAGCAGAGGUUGCAGGAGGGCAGUGUCACAUUUCCCUUUACCUACACUUAGGAUCAACUUGCUUGUACCCAGCCUUUCUGCUUCCAGAAUGUUGUGUAUGUCUUGCUCUCCUCUCACAAUUGUUUGUGUACAUAUAUAUAUAUAUAUAUAUAUAUAUUUAUA